GAGAGAUUAAAUUAAAAUCUAAAGGCAUAGGAGAUCGGUUGAUGAUUCGCCUCGCUUCUCUUCAAUCCUCCUCAAGAGCUUUCUCUCUUACUUCUCCUUUCGUGAUUGAAAGCUUCAAUUUUUAUUUCUGGGUAUCUUGCAGCAAAGUGGUUCCCUUCUGAUUUCAUUUCGUUGCUUUCAACCAUUGCAAUCGAUUCUGAGUUCUGCAAGUCUGAUACAAGUCUCUCUAUGUUUGCUGUAAAUGAUUGGUUUUUGAGUUAGGCGUUAGAUUUGAUUGUAAAGGUCAGAUUUUUUUCUGAGAUUUGGGAAUUAGGUGUAUAGUUUGAUGGCAGGAAAUGGAAUACCAACAUUGGGUCGUGUAAAGGUUUGUGAUUUAGCUCCUAGUGAAGGUUUACCUUCUGAUUCAUACAAGUUAGCAGUGAGUACAUUGUCUCAGUCUCUAGCACAGUACUCUGCAGUCAUUAUUCAGUUUCCAACUAGUGAUGGAGCUCUACUUAGAUCUGGUCUUGAUUCUGCUCGGCUCUAUUUCCAUCAGAGAGAUUCAUAUCCAGCUUCUAAUGAUAUGAUCCAUAGUAAUGAUUCGCGUGAAUGGUGUAAGACCUCUGGUUACUAUGCAGAUCCUCAGUCUUGGCAAGAGUUUUACGAGUAUAGACCUGGUUUGACUCCUGUUGAGGCUACUAAUUCUAUGGACUUCCCUCCUGCUGCUUUGCCUGAUGUAUUUGCUUUACUUGGAAAAGCUGCUCGUGUUGUUCUUGAUGCUAUUGGUUUUUAUUUGAACUUGAGAAGUUGUCCGUUUACUGAGAUUCUUGAUAAUGUUCCUUUGAGGAAUAAGGAGAUUUCGUCUUCUGUGUUAUCGGUUUGUUGUUAUGGUAGGCCGUCGUUUCAUGGAGCACAGCAUCAUAAUUUAACUGAAGACGAGCAGCUUAUUUUGUAUUCGGACCAUGAUCACCAGCUAGACAAGAGUCUGAUCUCGUUUGUGAAAUCAGAUAAGGCAGGGUUGCACAUCAGGGACAUGCAUGGGCAAUGGGUUUUAGUUGAUAUGGAUCUUGGUCCUCAAGAGGCUGUUGUAUUCCCGGGGCUAGCUCUUUACCAGGCUACAGCGGGGUAUGUGAGUCCUGCAGUGCAUAGAACAGAUAUAAACAGUAUGCAAGGAAGUAUAGAAGGGAGGUUCUCGUUGACCUUCAAACUCAUGCCAAAAUCAAUGACCAAUCUGAGUUGCUCAGAGAUGACAGCAGCAGGUCAUGGUGUUGAAGCUCAGUUUCAGCUCCCUGUUUCAGUCGAUGACUUCAUGCAGAGACCUCACUCAAAUGAUGAACUCUUUAACAGACAGACUUUGCAAAGCUUCAGCGUCCCUCAAUCCCAGGAUGGGUCAAUGAAACAGCUGAAAAAGCGGAGGAAGAACGAUUCCAGAUGCAAACCACUACCACCAUCAAAGAGGCUGAGAUUAGAGGCACAGAGAGUUCUGAAGGAACGAGUUCAGGAGAUUGCAGACAAAAAAGGAAUCAAGCUCAGAUUCUGCAACCUCAAGGAGUGCGAGAACAACCACAAUGUAAUGAACAGCCCUUGUGCUAAUAUUAAAAGGGAGAUUGGGUGGCCACACGGAGUUCCAUUUGUUCAUCCUCACGACCUCCCCAAUAAAGCUAAAAUCGGUUUCCUUGAGACAUAUGAACCAGGAUGGUCUGAAACACAUGACAUGGAGCUGAGUCUUUCUGAAAACGCUCAGGGGAACCAACACGUGACUAACUGAUAUGAGACGAUGAGCGUACCGGUUCUGGUCCCUUGUGUUACUUGACUGUUUCAGGUCAGUUUUCAUCUAUGGAACAGCAAGAGUAGAUAAGCUCAAAACAGUUUAUAUGUUUAGAGAGCUUAUGUUAAUUUUUGUAAAGUCUCGCAUGUGAGAUGAUAAUGAUGGAAGAGCUAGGAUGAUGAUGUACUAGUCUCUCUUAUGGUGUGUAUGUAUGGUGAUUGGUUAAGGAAUAAAGGUAUCGAUCUCUGUUUCUUAACAAUGGAGAUUUGUGAAUUACUCUUA